AUGUCCUUCAAACUAGAUUGGAAUGCCAUCGAAAAAGAUUCAUUUGCUACAUACACCACCGAACUCCUUGAGGAAGCCUUGAAUUCAGGCAAAAGACCGCCAAUUUUGAGUGACGAUAUUAAGAUUGUCGAUUUGAAUUUUGGAACCAUUGCACCAAACUUUCAAAUCUUAGAGAUUGGUGAUCUAGGUGUUGACAAAUUUAGGGGGAUUUUUAAUUUCAAGUACUAUGGUGACGCAUCUAUUACAGUACGCACAAAGAUCAGUGCUAGUUUACUAAAAAACUAUAAUAAUAAUAUAGGCGAAGAGUAUGAUUUCAUAAAGCCCGCUUUUGUUGUUAGUGAUUGUGAUUUCGACAUUCCGUUGAACUUGACCUUGAGCAACUUCAAAAUGAGCUCUAUUAUGAUUAUAGUUUUUAGCAAGACCAAAGGGCUAACAUUAGUUUUCAAGAAUGAUCCACUAGAGAAUAUCGACGUAAGCUCAACUUUUGAUAGGAUCACGCCAAUUGCAAACUUUCUCCAAAAAAAAAUUGAGUCAAAGAUAAGUGAUUUAUUCAAGGAAUUCUUACCAUCGUUGUUGUAUAAAUUUAGUUUGAAAUACACCACACAAUCAUUUGAUCAAUUCCAUAAAGACUUGUUAAUUGAAGAACAAGUUGAUGAUAAACGGAAAAAUAAAGUUCUUUUGAAAGACUUAGAUCCGGAGAAUCCGUUCCGGAUAUCUCCCGGUAGUUUAAUGAGAUCCACCAGGUUGUCAAGCAUGCGACAGACAUUGUCAUUAGGAAACGGAAUAGACAAGUUGUCAUGUGAUCGGUUCAAUAAAGACAUAAUUACUAAGGCGUUCAUGAACAUUUUGAAUAAGUCCAACAACUAUAACAGCAACCGUGUGGAGCUGUCUGAACAUGAUUUUGAGUUUGGCAACGUCCACGAUAAGCUUAUUUUCAUUAAAAACUUCCAAAGCAAAGCCUCGAAGAACUCCACCAAGCCUAAACGCCGUAUUAUAAAAAUGAAUGUGAAGAAGCCGCAAGUAAAUGGUGAGGAGAAGCAGCAAGAUCAAGAGGAGAUGCAAGAAGAGGUUACAGAUAAGGGGGUAAAUACUACUCCAUCACCAGUAUCUACAACACCAGUAUCUGGAUAUGCAACGUCUGUGGAACUCAACAAAUCCGCCAAUACAAGUGUUUUCAGCGAAUCCGAAGUUGACACUUCUCCAGCCACGACUAUUAGGAGUAACUCUAGAUCGACUUCUGUAUCUCGAUCUACUUCCACUCGUCCCUCAUUUUCUAGCAGUGGGAGACCUUCUCUGGCUCCUCUGUCCACCCCAAUGUCAAGAAAAAGCACAAGCAAUAAAACCGCUGACUUAGAACGAAGGAGUUCUACUUCCAAGUCUAGACGUCCUUCUACAAACACAAGUACACACCUACAGAUGAGCCAAGCUAGAAAGUAUGAUCCGUAUAUGGCUGAUGAACGUGAAAUUCGCCGACGUCUCGUGAAACUCGACAGGUUGGUGAGAAAUACAAACAGCAAGUCACCACGGCUGAUGCUAUCUACCACAUGCAUUGGUAGCGAUACCGACAUUCCACCCCCAUACACGGGCUAG